AAACCACUAGUGCCAAAUUAAACCUGCCCUUGGUGUUGUUGAACAAAACCAAAAAUUGGAAAAAAAGAAAUGCAAAAGAGAGAACAGGUGAAGCAAGGAGGGUCCGGAGGUGGUGGAGCCUCCACUCCGGCGCCGAAGAGGGGACGUCCGCUCGGGAGUGGAACUAACAGCGCUGCCGUCGCCGCUGUUGCUGCCGCCGCCGAUUCUGCUGCACCUCACACUCUUCUGGGCCCUACCCUUCAGGUCCACAGCGCCUUUGCUGAUCAAAACCAGAAAAGGCUUGUUUUGGCUCUGCAGAGUGGCUUAAAGAGUGAUCUGACAUGGGCACUAAAUACUCUGACUGUACUCUCUUUCAAAGAAAAGGAUGAAAUUCGCAAAGAUGCUAUCCCACUUGCUAAGAUACCUGGAUUGUUGGAUGCUCUUCUUCAAAUUAUUGAUGACUGGCGUGACAUAGCUUUACCUAAGGAUAUUUCCAGAAAUCGGCGGGUGAGGUUGUUGGGGGCAAAUGCUCUUGUAACAGGUUUUGGAAGUGAAUAUGAGGCUUUGGCUUCCAGUGACAAUUACUCGCAAUCCAUUGUUCCGUCUGGUUCUUCUGGUAUAGAUUCAUCACAAAAGAAUGCAGCAAGGCGACCUACUGGUUGGUGGUUUGAGGAAGAUGGUUUAUUCAAUCUAGAUGAUGAUGGACGUGCAGAAAAGCAGCUGUGUGGUGUUGCUGCAUCUAAUAUCCUCCGAAACUUCUCAUUCAUGUAUGAAAAUGAAAUCAUCAUGGCUCAGCACCGUCAUUGUUUGGAAACUGUAUUCCAGUGUAUAGAAGAUCAAAACACGGAAGAUGAAGAACUUGUGACAAAUGCCCUCGAGACAAUAGUGAAUUUGGGCCCGUACCUUGAUCUAAGAAUAUUCAGCUCAUCAAAGCCUUCAUAUAUUAACAUGACAGAAAAGCGUGCAGUUCAAGCUAUCAUGGGCAUGCUUGAAUCUCAGGUUAAAGCGUGGCAUUGUGCGGCCGCAGAACUGCUUGGCCGUUUGAUCAUAAAUCCUGAUAAUGAAACGUUUCUUCUUCCAUUUGCUACUCAGAUUUACAAGCGAUUAGUUAAUAUACUAAGCUUACCAGCUGUUGAUGCACAGGCAGCGGCUGUGGGGGCACUGUAUAAUCUUGUGGAAGUUAAUAUGGACUGCAGGUUAAAGCUGGCAAGUGAACGAUGGGCGAUAGAUCGACUGUUGAAAGUUGUCAAAGCACCACAUCCUGUUCCAGAAAUCUGUCGAAAAGCUGCUACUAUUUUAGAGAGCCUAGUUUCUGAACCACAAAACAGAGUUCCCCUCCUUGCAUAUGAGAACGCAUUUGCUGAGAUACUCUUCUCGGAAAGUAAGCAUGCUGAUACUUUUGCAAGAAUUCUGUAUGAAUUGACAUCUCGGCCAAACAACAAACAAGGAUCGGCACGUGGGGUAUGGGGCCUGUAGUAACUAGCCUGAUUUCUGGUUAUUACUAUUACUAUCAUCUUUGGUUGUAAUCCAUACCCUGCACAAAGCUUUCUGUUUCGUCUGGUAUUCAUGAAUCCUGUCACUGUAAUCGUUAUUUAUGAAUUAUGUAUCAAUGUAUGUCCAAAUAUUAGUUUUCUAGCCUGAAUUCAGAGGGCUCUUGUCAUGACAUUUUUUUGUUGCGUAUGGGCUUCCAUACAUUGUUUAUGAAAGGGUGUACACUGUACUAAACCCCUCCUUAAAAUUAGUGUAUCGUUAUUCGA